AGGCCCUCCAGGAGCGCCGGGCCCGCUGUGAGACACAGAACACAGACCCCGUGGUCUGGACCAACCAGCGGGUGCUCAAGUGGGUGCGAGACAUUGACCUGAAGGAGUAUGCAGACAACCUGACCAACAGCGGGGUCCAUGGCGCCGUGCUGGUGCUGGAGCCCACGUUUACUGCCGAGGCCAUGGCCACCGCCCUGGGCAUCCCCAGUGGGAAGCACAUCCUCCGGAGACACCUGGCGGAGGAGAUGAGCGCCAUCUUCCCCCCGGCCACCUCCACGGGCAUCCGGGAGGCUGAGCGCUUCGGAACGCCCCCCGGGCGGGCCCCCGGCACCCCCCGGGCGGGGAAGGAGGAGAACAGCAGUGGCAUCAGGCACAAGGCUGGCCGGCUGACCCCUGGGGAAGAUAGGACGGGGCUUCAGCAGCAAAGAGCCCGAUUUCCAUGAUGACUACGGCUCCCUCCACAAUGAAGACUGCGGGGACGAGGACCUCGAGGGCCGGCCAGAGCAGUGCCGCCUGGAGGGCUACAAUGGCCUGGAGGUCACCAACGUGUGAGGAGCCGAUGCUCAGCCAGACCCCACACGGGGAGUCACCUGGAGGGAGAGAAGCCGGACGCCAUCGCCCCUGUACAUAGUGCCCACGGCUGAGGAGGCGCCUCGGUCCCGGGGAAAUCCCACAGAUGCUGCAGCUUCAGAUGGGAGCACAGGGAGCCAGGAGGCGCCCGCCGGGGACGUCCCGCUCAGCGGAAGGGCGCUGGCCCCAGGACCUGUCACAUGCCAGCCCCUCCAUCACCCAGGCUCCACCCCAGAGUGACUGACUGUCAGCGCUGUCCUGGCUGCCAAGGCGGAAAGGGGCCCCGACGCCCCAUCGGGAGGAGCAGGUGGGCUCCACGCAGACAUGCAAGCCCCACAGGAACAGGUCAGCAGGCAAAGCCCAAGGUUGACCCGUCAGCAGGGGACCCUCCAGCCAGCGAGGCGGCAGGAAAGGCUGCCCACGGCUGAGAUGCCACACGGAGGGAAGGCGCAGCCCAGCAUCCUCGCCCCCGUGACUGAGAGCCUGGGUUCCCUGGGGGGUCGCUGAGCCACUCUUGGGAGCAAGCGGAA